AUGAGCGCCUUGGCUUCCUUCGUCGUGCUGGCUAGCGUGGUGGCCAUGGCGGCACCGCAGGGCUACGGCGGCGGCGGCAGUGGCGGCGGCGGCGGCGGGGGGCGGUUCAUCCCCAUCGUGAAGGACGACCGCACGCAGAACGCUUACGGCGAGAACACCUUCGAGUUCGAGGCCGCCAACGGCAUCGUCCGCUACGAAUCCGGAAAAGAAGACAACGGACACGUGCAGGAGGGAGGCUGGAGGUACCAGGCGCCGGAGGGCAUCCCUGUGGAGAUCACCUUCGUGGCCGACCAGGGGGGGUACCAGCCUCAGGGGGCCCUGCUCCCCGUGGCCCCUCCUCUUCCCUACCAGAGGACGCAGUCCUUCGGAGGAGCAACAGGAGGCGGAGGAGGAGGAGGAUAUGCGUGAAUCUGAAACAAUUUAGCAGAUCUCGUGUUCACUCUUCCUCCUUCGUCUUGAGAACUGUCCUGUUGAUGCUUUUAUUUCAUUGUUAUUCAACGUUAUUGUUAACUGGUUUUAUAGUUUUAUGUGAAUUUUUUGUUUUUCUGCUUCUAAUGUGACUGAUUUAAUGUACCAAAUAAAGUCUACUUUGUUAUA